GGUGAAGGUCAGUCUACAAUUUUGGUUCAAAAUUUUUCUCUUGUUAAGAACUAAAUAUCUUCAUUGUGAUUAUAAUCGUUAUCUCAGAAUGUAUAUCUCCCAAACUAUACUUAAAUGGUCGUCUACAUUAUGUUGUCAGAACCAUGAAUAAUGAAAUGGAAGCAAAGGCUAUGAGGAAAAAUGCCAGGAAAUUUAUUAUAUUUGCGCAUCAACAAUCUAUGAUGUGCAAACAUAACUUCGUAAGUCAUGGUUCACGAUAUUGUGAUAAAAUACACUAAAAGUUCGUUCGCCUCGAGACUCCUAAUACCUCAUACAGAGAUCCUAGCGUAAAAACACGCAUUGAUAAAAGAAUCUAACUGAAGUUGUUAAUAGGAGUGGUAACGUUAGAUGUCUGCCCUCUUUCUUCAACCGCAAACGGUCACCGUGAGUCCAGGUUCAUUUUAGACGUUCAUGCACCCGGCGAAAAGAGUGAGCAACUCCUUUAAUUUCGUCCGGCAGAAACACAAGGCGACCGCGGCGGACUGUUUGCAUUGUAUCAUAAUUGAAAACAAAUAUUGAGCGUUAAUGUGUUUCCUUUGAUACAAUAAUAACGUUCUUAUAAACGUUCUGAGCAGCAAUAAUAAUCAGAAUACUCGCAUUAAUCGAUGCAAUGUAAAUCUCUUAAAACUUCGUGACUAAUUGAUCUAAUCGUAUUUUAUUGGAUUAUCAACUUCGAGAACGUCGCCAUGGAGACCCAAGUGUGGGGAAAUAGCGAUAACGCAAACUGUCACAAGGGAGCGACUUAAUGCGUCUUUUAAUCCCGCGCUAGCAAUAAAUGAGCACCAUCAGAUCGUUUUUAGUCAAAAGGCUCGCAUAUUACGACGUCCCGUAUGACGUCCAGUGCACUUUUCAAACAUCAUCGGACAUCGGAAACGUGCGACGCUUUUUCUUCGGCCUUCUUCAACGUGCAUCUUGUUUGCACGAAACUCACACUGAAAGAACAAAGGAGGGGAAUCAGCAAAGACACAUUGCCAUGGCAGCGGGUCUGUGGAGACAAGUGGAAGAUCAUCCAAUCAUGACACUGAGCCUGUUUGAGUGCCUCAAGGUGGUGGGCCUUCAGCAUCUUCAUGAGCGCUUCACUUCAAUGGGGAUCUGCCACAUAGCACAUCUCUUAGCCCUCACUUCGGAGGACCUGCCCCUCCUGGACAUCCACACGGCCCAAGAUAAAAGCCGCCUCUUCAAGCUAAUCCACCUUGUCAAAAUACUGGAGCAGGAGGGGUUGAGAGUUGGAGAAGUGGCAGAUGACCAGGGUGCAUCCCAUAAGCAUUCCGCACUGCAGAGUACCCACAUGACGCUACCAAAAAAUGCCAGGGCAGACAUUAGUAAACGAUUAGCCAUGUACAAUACGUACUCCACGCUGCCACACCCAAAGAAUGUCGCGCCCCACCAUCACCACCAGCAGCACCCAAAACCCAGAGCUGCAGCCAAGAGGUGCACGGAUAAAGCAAGUCAUCCAAUGCCUGUUUACGAAGCCAAGAGAAAACCAGGGUACAACUACGGACUUCCUCUUCAGCCUGUUUCUGCAAAAAAGCAAACCCAUGGGCCUAGGAUCAUCGUUUGCGUGAGGAAACGACCUCUGACACACGCAGAGAGAAGGAAGGGCCAGACGGAUGUGGUGAUAACUCCCAGCGAGCAGUGCGUGAUUGUGGAAGAAGGCAAAGAAGCUGUGGAUCUCACCCAGUACAUUCUACAGCACCCGUUCUACUUUGACCAAGUUUUUGGAGAGGAUCAUUCUAAUGAGGAAGUAUAUAAGAAGACGGCAUAUCCUCUGGUGCAGCACAUGCUCGAUGGGGGGAAGGCCACUUGCUUUGCAUUUGGCCAGACAGGCGCGGGCAAGACUCAUACCAUGAUGGGGUCCACUCCUGGGGAAGCGGGUUUAUACAUGCUGGCGGUCCAGGACAUCUUUACCCACUUGUCGGCAACACGCAGCCCGAUACUGGUGUACGUCAGCUUCUGUGAGAUCUACUGUCGUCAGCUCUAUGACCUGCUCAACAACAGGAAAAGGUUGUUUGUGAGGGAGGAUGGUAACAACGUGGUGCAUAUUGCAGGACUUUAUGACGUCAGAGUGGACUCGGUCAACUCACUGCUGAAGGUGAUUUCACAAGGUUUAGCAGCACGCACAAUGAGGGUUAGUGGCGUCAACCCGCUCUCGUCUCGAUCUCACGCCUUGCUUCAGAUUCAACUCAGAUCCCCCAACCAGCAAAUCAUUGGCAGAAUGUGGUUUAUUGACUUGGCGGGAAGUGAACGAGCGUCAGAUACCACAGCAACAGACUGGCAGACUCGUAUGGAGGGAGCUGAGAUCAACCAGAGUCUGUUGGCUCUUAAAGAAUGUAUCCGCUCCCUUGAUCAAGAGCAGCGGCACACACCUUUCAGACAAAGCAAACUUACUCAGGUCCUGAAAGAUUCAUUUGUUGGCAACUCCAUGACUUGCAUGAUUGCCAACAUUUCACCCGGUAACGUUGCCACAGAGCACACUCUGAACACGCUGAGAUAUGCUGAUCGUGUGAAGGAAUUGAGGGGUCGCGGCCAAGGACAAGAAUGCAAAACCACGCCACCGUCCAAACGUUAUGGCAUUGGGAAGAGUCUCCCUAAGACCCCAAAGACGACGACACCCAGAGCGUCUUUUGCCGCCAUUUCACCUACCCAGAGGAUACCCAUGGGGUGUCCCGUCGACUGUUCCACGCCUAAAAGCAGCAGACAUGGGGAGGGAAGAUCUGCAAGAGUCAAACUUGGGGUCAGACUCGAAGACGCAAGGGACUCACAGGAAAAGGGCGAUGGACGGCUCGUUUGCGACAAAGAAAACAGGGGCACCAACUUCUCGUGUCAGGAAAGGCCAAGUGAGGGAAGCCAAAACCAGAAAGCAGAAGAGUCAAGAGAAGAAAGUGGAGAAGACGCGACGGUGGACAAGGAGAUGCAGCAGCACCUGCUACAUUAUCACCAGCAGCUCCAGAUGUUCAUGCCCUUCUCCAUCACGCCAACUUCCUCUAGCCGCCGAUCCCUCUGCUCCUCCGCAUCAUCCGCCGGACAUCUGGCAUUUUCUGCCCGUCCCGGUUCAAAAGACUCUCCGACCGUGUACGACAGCGGGGUCGGAAGCAGUGAUUCGUUCGGAAAAGACGCGCCGCAAAGGGUAGAUAUGAAGUGGCUGACUCAUAUACAACAGGCUGACCCCGCGGCGGGUGCAGCGGCUGUGUCCUUCAACUCCGGAGAGAACGGAGAGGACUCGCUCGAAAUGGACCCUUCGCUCGACGGGCUGUGGACGGACUGUUUAAUGUCGGUCCACAAGACACUCUCUGGCUCCCCCGCUGUUGAGCUGCCACAUCAGGAUGUGCAGUUUGUCCAUCCCAUCUCCUCAACUUGUGAACUUAAGAGUGUAGUGCGAACCCCCCAGGAAAGGAAAAAGCCACCUAGACUGUUAAAAAAUACUCAGGGACACAAACAUGUGGAGGAUAAAGCAAAAACAUCACAGGAUAAUGCCUUGAGCAUUUCCCCCCUUGAGGUCUCCACAGCCUUACUGGUUCAAGGAGAUCGGAUCAAUAGCCAGUCACUUGGGAAAGAAAAAGAGCCACUCAUGCAUGCAAAGAAUACAGACAGACAAUUCAACUCCCAGUCUUCCACUUUUGACACUCAAAUGACAAAAAAGUACACAAAGGAGCUCACAAAUGCAAAGGACGAGGAUGCUGAUUUAUGUCUACCAAACGACUUCCAGUCUCCCACCUCUGCCAAGAAGUUGGCCAAAAAGUACACAAAGGAGCGGCUCACACAUGCAAAAAAUAAAGAUGACAAAACUUACCUCAGGCCGCCGACUUCUGACACCAGAUUGACUAGAAAGUGCAGACGGGACCAUCUCACACUAGCAAAGGAUGAGUCCGAAAUCCGCCUCCCGAUGGAUCACUAUUCUCCCACUUCUGAAACCAAACUGGACAAUAAAUACACAAUGAAAGAGCAACUCACACAUGCAAACCAAAAACACAGAGAAUUUUACUUGCAGUUUCCUACCUCUGACACCAAAGUGGCCAACGAGUAUAUAAUAAAGGAGCAUUUAAUACAUGCAAAGGAUGAAGAUGCAGACCUCUGUGUCCCCAAAGACCCUUGGCUUCCAUUUUCUGACACCGAACUGGCCAAUAAGUGCAAUUUAGACCGCUUGACACAUGCAAAGGAUGAGGACACAGACCACUGCCUACCAAAGGACCGCCGUUCCCCCACCUCUAAUGCGGGUAAUCCGUCAGGGCAGACACGUGGACCUGCCUCAUGUGCACCAAAGAAAGCCAUCACACCCUCUUCGAAUAAGAGUGAAACCCCUGCACCAAAUCAGACCGACCGUUCUCCACCAGAACCAGAGCACGCCUGCAAACCUCAACAUCAUGUCCAAAUGGAUGAUCCUGCAGAGUUGCACUGGAAAGAAAGACCCUGCAACCCAGGGUUUUCCAUAACAGUGGAUCAUGCAAAAUGGCGUGUCAUCCAGGCCCACUGGGAGAAACUGAGGAAGAUGGAGCCUUUGCUGCAUGAGGAACAGACACUUCUAUGCAAGCAGCCUCAUAUGGCAUUUGUGGACUAUGUGGACAAGCUGGAGGAGAUCCUGGAUCGCAACUCUCAGUGUCUGCGCAGCAUGAGAACCAAGCUUCGCUUAUAUCGUAUGACCAGCUCCUUUUCUGAGCUUGAGAACAAACAAGGGGCACACAAUAGUUAACCAGUGGCUUGAAUAAAGCAAGGUCAUAAGCAAGUUUGUACAUUUUUCACUCAGGAAAAAAAGACAAAAACCUGACAUCGAGUUAAAUUUAGCUUGUUUUCAUCACGUGUAACUGGAAAACCUUUUCCACAUUUUGUUUAGUUAAUGGUUAUAAUUUAAUGUUCUGUUCGAUUGUAUGGAUAUUUUUUAUUUAAAUUAAUAAAAUUGUUUUG